CCAAAUAAUCAGCACGCGUUCCCGAUUCGUAUCGUUUCGCCUAAGCACUUGCCACGUACAAUUUGCCAAGUUUCCUCCUGGUCAUUUUUUCCUCUAUCCAGAUGUCUGCGGCAGCGCGUGCAGAGGCUAGACGGAAGGCCAUCUUAAGCCGUGGCUCUGACCGUCUCUCAAAAUUAGCAACGUCCGCCCGAGGAGAUUCGCCGGUUUAUGUGCAUGAUGAUCCUCCACUUCCUAGUAUCUCCCGUACCAGUAAUUUUGUCGGCGAUGAAACUCCCACUAUUCCUACUCCAGCAGGAAAUUCUGCAAGUCGACCGACUGCUUCUUCUUCUAUACACUCGGAUACCUCUCCACUAGCUGGCCCUGAUCCAUCCGUAUGGUCCAACCAGCAGCAGCAGCAACUCAUGCAGGCUCUCUUGGGAGGCAUGGGUGGUAUGGCCGGAAUGCCUGGAAUGCCCGGCCUUACAGGCAUGGGAGGUGUCAACCCUGGUCAGCAAGCGAUAGGCUCGAGCGCCAUAGAUCCAGCUUUUGCCGAGAAUCCACUUGCAGCCAUGCUCAUGGGUGCUCAAGCUGGUCAAAACGGCGGAGCUCCACCAUUCAUGCCUCCUGGCAUGGGCUUUGGAAAAGCUCCUGACAAGCACGGAAACGGAGCCCAAGUAAAAUCAUCACCUUCGCUUAUGCAGAAGCUGUUACCGCUGGUGCAUCUAGUUGCGCUGUGGACUCUUCUGGCAUAUUUUGUGAUAUAUAUUGAGCCACGCACGCAAAGCGUGUUCGCAGAUGUCAGUGAGGUGACAAGUUGGUCAGGAAUAAUAACGAAGUGGGCGGAAUUGGCGAAAAGAAGACCUCAGGCAGAGAUGAUACAGGGUUGGAGUGUCGCUGCUGUGCCUUUCUUCUGGGCAUUCAUCACGCUCGAAAUCGCGCUAUAUUCGAUAAGGAUAUUCUACGGCUUCGAUGCCGUCCAACCACCAAUGCUUCUUGCGAUGGCCCUUCCGCAUCUCCCUCCUCCUUUCCCUUCCAUCAUCAUUAAUGGAAUGAAGUAUUUACAACUAGGGUCAAUAUUGCUUGAUGACUUAGCCAUUUUGACAGUAGGCAUUGGCUUUUUCAUUUGGAUUGCUGGGCUUUUGAGGUCGUAGGCGCUGGAAAUGUAUGUCCAUAUUGCUUGUUAUGUCAAGUCUGUUGUUCUUCGGGCUCGAAGAUAAAAUGAACAACAUCCUGUUGAGCUAAAUAGGUGUCUCCACCCGCGUAGUGAAGACCGAAGUGUGGAGAUGAAUGCCUCACCUACGAACUGGAUUCGUUACUCUCAUGAUCCGCCGUGCAUAUAUACCUACCUUAUUUCUCCCGCUUCGAUGUGUUCCCAUGUUGGCCUUGGGAAGCACCACAGGCCAAUCUCUUACCACCUUGUUGCCACUGUUGACAAUUUUCUGUCCUCUUUAUGUAUUGGGUUCCCCUGCGAACUCAUCGUAUACUAUUUCGAAAUCUCAAACUUUCGAACUCAACUGUUGGGAUGGAUGAUACUCACGAAGUCAACCAAUGGAUCGGCCUUCCGA